UGUGUGUGUGUGUGUGUGUGUGUGUGUGUGUGUGUGUGUGUGUGUGUGUGUGUGCGUGCGUGCAGAGUGCUGCUGUGGGCAGCGUGCUCUCUGCUCUCAGGUCUAUAUGUGGAGAGGGUGGCGUCUCAUUUGGUGCGGCUGUGAGAGAACAACACGGCAGGGACGAGUCGAUACACAGAUGCUGUCCUCCAGAUGUGGUGGUGUUUCCUCGUUGUGUGGAGGAGGUCAGCGCCCUGGCCAAGGUCUGCCACCAGCACAACCUUCCCAUCAUCCCCUUUGGCACUGGAACUGGUCUGGAAGGAGGGGUUAGCGCAGUCAAGGGUGGCGUGUGUUUCAGUCUGAGGAACAUGGACCAGGUUCUGGACCUCCACCCGGAGGACUUUGAUGUGACGGUGGAGCCCGGUGUGACCCGGAAGGCCCUCAACUCGUACCUGAGAGGCACCGGCCUGUGGUUUCCUGUUGACCCCGGGGCCGAUGCCUCUCUGUGUGGCAUGGCGGCCACCAGUGCGUCCGGUACCAACGCAGUGCGUUAUGGGACCAUGAGGGAGAACGUUCUGAACCUGGAAGUGGUGCUGGCUGAUGGGACGGUCCUACACACGGCUGGGAGGGGCCGGCGCCCCAGGAAGACAGCCGCCGGCUACAACCUGACCAACCUGUUGGUGGGGUCGGAGGGCACCCUGGGGAUCAUCACCAAGGCAACCCUGCGCCUGUACGGCAUCCCAGAGGCCAUGGUGUCGGCCGUGUGCUCCUUCCCCUCGGUGCAGGCCGCUGUGGACAGCACGGUGCAGAUCCUCCAGGCGGGGGUGCCCAUCGCCCGCAUCGGUGAGGAGGGAGCCCCUCAUCCACACUCAAGAGACCCGUCCACUAAAAACAAUGUGAUGUUUGCAGAAAAUAAGAUCUGUGGAAAACACACUUUUAUAAUACCUUCAAAUGUGAAAAUCUCCACAUAUUAACACCACUGUUAUGAU